AUGAAUUGUUACAUUGAGGACACUAGAUUUCCAACAGUGACUCCGCGCCUCGAUGAGCUCAAAUCCUACACUCAUGGUCCGUUUCGUUCUUCAUUACCGACAACAAAUGUGAUCGUUAUUUUGACUACUGGUGUCCAUCGAGAAUUAAUCCUUCGACUAAUGCUUUUCGAUGAAAAGUUUGCUGACAACUUCACGACACCUUUAAUGAUUGUGCAUAGCGGUAUUCCGACACAAAGCAGUUUAAACCGUCUUACACAUUUUAUCCAGCGACCGAUCAUAUUUCUUCGAAUUGAUCGUAUUUUUGAAAUGUUUCCAGCCAACUUCGAUCCAUGUCGUACAAAGGCCACUUGGUCCACUCGAGGCAAGUGGAACUAUCAAUUGAUGAUUCGAUUUUGGACAAAGAUCGUUUUCGAACUACCUCAACUACAGCAAUAUGACUAUAUGAUGNUCGGUUCAAAUACAACAAAUUUCACUGCACUUGAUCAGUUAUUUGUUGACAAUCCACAAAUCAGUUAUUGGAAAUUCGAAGCCGUUUACUCAUUCCCAACAACAAUCAGUAGAAGUGCAUUAAAUUUUAUAGUAAAUGAACCACCUGUGAAUGGUUCAUGUUCAAUAAGUCCACAGAAUGGUACAACAAGUACUGUGUUUCAAAUGUCGUGUUCAGAUUGGUUUGAUGACGAUGGAAUCAAAGAUUAUUCAGUUUAUAGUCGACAAAGCGAUCGUCCAAGUUUGCUGAUGAUUGCAUUUUCAUCAGUAUCAAAUAUUGAUAUGCGAUUGCCACCUGGUGAAAAUACGAACACAUCAUUAGUUCAUUUGAUUGUUCACAUUCGAGAUAAAUUUGAUUGUGUUACGAAAUAUAAUUUGUCUUCAGUUGUUGUUCGAAUUGAUACAACAGAUGUAAAUAAACUCAGUGAUCCGAUUAUUCAAUUACUUGUAAGUGGAAAUCCAAAUGUUGUUGGACAAAUUCUGAUUUCGCUUUCACAAGUUUUCAACGAAAUGAAUAAGGAAAGUAUUAAAAAUGCGGUUUCAGGCGGUGUUUCUGCGGUGCACAUUUCGAUAUCAUCGUUAGAAAGUGAAACGUUGCCACAAAACUCUGCUUCAUUCAAUCAAUCAGCCUUGGUCGACUUCAAAAACCAGCUGAAUACUCGAGCAAAUAUCAGAGAAUAUCUGAUUUCCUUUACAAGAGAUUUACUUAUUACAAGUUCCGAUAGUAUCAAACUACAGGGGUCUAUGUUCGCACUAUUGACCCGAGCAACAAAUGAGCUAACGCGAUCAUCUGCAAUGAUUGCGUCGAAUAAAUGUUAUCGCUUAGCUGAAGCUUUAUAUUCCAUGACGCGUGUUAUUUCUUAUGAAGAUGUUCAACUUGCAUCUAGUCAAAUAACUGAAUGUGCUGUUAAUGUAAUGACUGCUAUGAAUGGUCCAUUACAACAACGGACACUUGUACUUGAUUCUGAUUUCCAUCAAGCAAAUACUUUCCCUUCUGAUUAUGAUACUGAUCUGGAAUCCGUGUGGUCUAAUCCAAACAUCUUUGCUGAUGGAAAUGACUUCUCAUCGGAAACAAUUGACAAAAAUCGGAAUAUUUAUUAUCAAAAGCAAACAGCGAAUGUGAUUGCAGAACAAAAACACUAUCAUCAAAUUCACUUUCAAAUAAACUCAUUUCACAAAUUGAAAAUGUCCAAAUUCAAAUGCCACUCACUUUUAAUUCAACUCUAA